GUGUCUCGAGUAUGACAGGUGAUGCAUGAGGGCUGAGCGUGUACCACAGGGUGCCUGUUGCCACCCCACCCCCCAAUGUCCUGCUACCUUUCUUAGGAUUUUAGUAAUGCUGCCCUAACCUCCACAGGGCAACAUCACUGAGUCCAUACCCAGAGAAUUCAAGCUUCUUAAUUCAUGCAAAGAACUCACUGGGACACUUGCUACCCAUAAAUCAGUGUCUGCGCUCUCUUUUAACGUCAGGGUCCCAAAGUUCUUCCCCUUUUUGCAGCUGAAACCAUGGUGAUCAUCAGCAGGUGACAGAGAGCCCUCCCGGCAGACAUCACCGGCUGGUACCAGGCAUGAGGAGAACACCGUCUGACUACCUUUACUACACCACAGCAGAACAGUUGAUUAACCUUUAGUCAGCAGUGCAGCUUUUCCCUCUUGUUUUUUUUUUUUUUAAAUUCCUGUCUGGAGAUGGGAUUUGGAUGCCAGUGUAGUUCAGUCUCGUGAUAUAAAAAUAACUCUGGCCAAUCAGUGGUAACAGCUGCGAUGUACUGUCCCAAGCCAGCGGCACAGAUUGGACUGUAACUCUAAAUGAUUGAAGACUGCGGGCAGAGCGUUGACACCAUGGCAGAUAGAAGGCAACUGUUGGUGGAGAUGAGGGCUCAGGAUUUGGAUUCUAUACGACUGUCGACCUACAGAACUGCCUGCAAACUCAGAUUUGUGCAGAAGAAAUGCAACUUGCAUUUGGUCGACAUUUGGAACGUCAUCGAGGCUUUCCGAGAGAACGGCCUCAACGCCAUGGACCUCAACGCUGAGCUCUCCGUGGCUCGUCUAGAAGUGGUACUGUCCACUAUCUUCUACCAGCUGAACAAGCGCAUGCCCACCACGCACCAGAUAAACGUGGAACAGUCCAUCAGCCUGCUGCUUAACUUCCUGCUGGCAGCCUAUGACCCGGAAGGCCACGGCAAGACAUCUAUCUUUGUUGUGAAAAUGGCCCUCGCAACCAUCUGUGGUGGGAAAAUUCUGGAUAAAUUAAGAUAUAUUUUUUCACUCAUAUCAGAUUCUGCUGGAAUAAUGGUGCACUCGCAGUUUGACCAGUUUCUGAGGGAGGUUCUUAAAUUGCCCAUGGCGGUUUUCGAGGGACCCUCGUUUGGUUACACCGAGCAAGCUGUGAGAACGUGCUUUGCGCAGCAGAAAAAGGUCUCCCUCAACACAUUCCUCGAUACGUUGAUGUCAGACCCGCCCCCUCAGUGUCUGGUGUGGCUGCCGCUCAUGCAUCGCCUCGCCAACGUGGAGAACGUGUUUCACCCGGUCGAGUGCUCCUACUGCCAUACUGAGAGUAUGAUGGGCUUCCGCUACCGCUGCCAGCAAUGUCAUAAUUACCAGCUCUGUCAGGACUGCUUCUGGAGGGGGCAUGCCAGCGGUUCCCAUAGCAACCAGCACCAAAUGAAGGAGUAUACGUCAUGGAAAUCCCCCGCUAAGAAGUUAUCCCACGCCCUCAGUAAGUCAUUGAGCUGUGCAUCCAGCAGAGAGCCUCUUCACCCCUUCUUUCCUGAAAUGCCAGAUAAACCUCUCAACCUAGCUCAUAUUGUAGAUACGUGGCCACCAAGACCGGUGAACAUCACCAAUGACUACUCAUUCUCCCACUCCAUGCCUACAUCAGGGAACCCUUACUCCACCAAAAACAAGAAUAAUGUUGUUGGGCAGAGAAAGCCCCUGACUGGGGCUGCUCCACAUCUGCUGAAAGGGAGAGGGUUGAACUACAACCUCGAUGUUGCCGAUAGACUUGCUGACGAACAUGUACUCAUUGGCCUCUAUGUGAACCUACUCCAAAACAACCCCAAAACAUGUUUGCUGGAGAGCAGUAACCAUCAAGAUGACGAGCACAGUCUCAUUGCUCGCUAUGCAGCUAGACUGGCUGCUGAUGCUGCGGCUCAACAGCAGAGGGUCCCCACAGACCUCCCCUGCUCUCUGGAUGCCAACAAACAGCAGAGACAGCUCAUUGCCGAGCUCGAGAGCAAAAACAGAGAAAUUCUCCAGGAAAUCCAGCGACUGCGCCUUCAGCAUGAGGAAGCUUCCCAGCCGCCACCAGACAGGGGCCAGCAAAACCCCACCCUGCUCGCUGAGCUACGACUCCUCAGGCAACGCAAAGAUGAGCUUGAACAAAGAAUGUCUACUCUGCAGGAGAGUCGCAGGGAACUCAUGGUGCAGCUGGAGCAACUAAUGAUGCUUCUCAAGCGGGAGGAGGAGCGGAAACAAGCUACUCAGGGUCCCGGCUCGCCGCGCUCUUCACCCAGCCACACCAUCAACCGGCCAAUUCCCACACCAAUCCACUCGGAUUCUGCCAGCACGACCCCGACUCACACACCUCAGGACUCACUCAUGGGCGUGGGCGGGGACGUUCAGGAGGCCUUCGCUCAGGGUCCAAGGAGAAAUCUGAGAAAUGACCUGCUCAUUGCUGCUGACUCCAUCACUAAUACAAUGUCAUCACUGGUUAAGGAGCUCAAUUCAGAGGGCGGAAGUGAAACGGAGAGCACUGUAGAUUCAGAUUUUGGACGUGAACUACUGGCCACAAACUCCUCAGAUCCUUUCUACGCUUACAAACCAAGACCUGCGAGCGCUGCCGAUGAGGAGUGCUUUGAGAAGGAUCUGGAGCGGCAGCUGGAGGAUGAGCUCCAGUUGGAUGAACUGAAAAAGCACAGGCAGGAAGCGGACAAAAUGUGCAUGGCGAGCAAUAUGAAAAGCAAAAACAGCUGAAGACACUGGACGAGACGACGUUGGGCCGACAGUAUAAAGCACUGAGGACAUGAAUUUAAGUUACGCUAAAUCCAACCAUAAAAUACAUUUAUGUAAAGAUAUAUAUUUUUAACCAAGCACAUAUUUAAGGUAAUACUGUGAGCUUAUGUAAAGAGAUUAAUUCCUGAGCUGUCUCUUAUACCACAGGUGCCAUAAGGAACAAAACAAAAAAAGGAAAGAACACAAUUUUGGGAAAUUAUUUCUUAAUUUUUGUUUUGGUUUUUUUCUAUAUAUCAGUUGUUUAGCAAAUGUACAACUGCACUGUUAGGACAGGGUGGACACCGUGAUUCUUUGAAAUCAAAUUGUUGUCAUCUUCUUUAUAAUUUGUGAUAAUGAGCCUGGGAUUAUGUUGGAGCUGAUGAUGAUGAUGAUGAUGUAAAUGAUCAAAGCUGAAAUCUUUUGUAAGCGUGUUGCCCUGGCCGGGUUACCAUGAACAAAUGUUAGUAUAUUUCUUACAGCUGCUGUUGAGAUGCUUUGGCUUUCUAUUUUUAUUUUUUUUUGAGCUGGCCAAUCAGAUGCGUUUCUUUUAUUUGAUACAUUAGUGUUAAUAAUAACUCACACUGCCUUAGCUGAUUGGAUGACCUCUCAAUGGAGUUUGUUCAACCUGUCAGUGCAGCAUGUAGCUUACAACAAAACCUGCAGCAAUGCUGGAAGUCUUCACUGGACAUGAUAAUACUGAUACUAGUAGGGUUUGUUUGUCUGCAGAGGGAACUGGUCUGCAAUCAUGUAUGCUGUCUAUUAAAUGUCAAUUAAAUAUAAGAUAUAGAUGACUGGUUCUGAUGUCUGGAGCUGUUUUUUUUGUUUUUUAAAGUGGAAGAAGAGAUGACACAAAUGGAUCCAAAUCACUCAAACGUAAAGAUUUACAACCAUGAGGGCAUUGAAGAAACUGCAUUUACUAUCAGUGGUUUAUGAAUUAAGGUUAAAUCAUAGAUAAUCUGCCAUUGUUCCCUUUGCUAGUCACACAAAUCUUUGUGACUUGCACACAAACACACAUAUACACACACACUCGAUGUAUUUUCUGAGUGUGCACCAAACUUUACCCAGUCACUUUGGGAAAAGUGGCAAGCCAAUCUAAAAUCAUAAAUGUGUGAAAUAUCUAGUUUGAUUUUUGAGCAAGUUCAUAGCAGUGAUUUUGCAUGGUGGUGGUGCAUAAUAAAGUGUUGACACAAUAUCAAAA